AUUACGUCCCAUUUCGUUUGCGAAGCAAGGGACAGCUUGAGCUCCUCAACUUUCUGGUCCUGUGCAUAGCGUUGGGCAGUCUUCUUCGCAGUUGCUGGGGAGCCUUUAGGGCUUUCCUUCUUUCUCGCUCUGCAUAUUGCGGAUGUGAAGAGCGCAGUUUGGCUCAGCCUGUGAUGAAUGGCCUUGUUGUCCAUAAUAUCCUUGCUGCAACACAUUUAGAGGAUCAAUUCUAGCCAUGGUGGGUUUUCAACAUCAUUGAAAGUUCACCAGCUUCAAUUACUUGUCAGCUGAAAAGAUAAAAAAAAAAAAAAAACAAACUAUGGAGAUUGAUGUUCCCAGUGGAAGUAGUGAAAGCCCUGCUGGGGUAAGGGAAAAUGGUUUUCUUCUUAGGCCAGUCUCUCCCAAUGCAUCAGGCAAAGGCUUGCCUUACGCUCCUGCAGGCUGGCCUGAUCCUGGUGAUAUCUGGAGUUGGAAGGUCGGAAAGAGAAUUGCCAAUAAUGGGUUCUUUUUGGAUAGGUACUUGUAUCUUCCAAGUCGUCUUUAUCAGCAGACGAAGAAAAUUUUCGCAAGCAAGCUUUCAGUUGAGCAAUAUAUCCGAAAGGAGUUCCCUGGUACAGAUGUUGAUAAAUUUUUUGCCUUGUUCAGCUGGAAAAUUCCCUCAAAGCAGCUUUCUGCAACAAAAGGUAAUGAUGACAGGCAUAUUUUCCUGCCUAUGCUGCCCCCUGAAGAGCUGGCAGGACAUUCUGGAUCUGAUUCCCAGGAAGGAACUGUGGGUUGUAAGGCUGGAAACAAAAAUUGCAGCAGCCUUGUAGAAGAAGAAAGGAGCUCACUUUUAGUUGCCAUGAAUUGCAAUAUUUGCUGCAGUGAGUCUAAUUUCUGCCGAGAUUGUUGUUGUAUUCUUUGUUGCAAGACUGUUAGUUCAGCCUAUGGAGGCUACAGUUUCAUUAAAUGUGAAGCAAAGGUUGAUGAAGGCUGUAUUUGUGCGCAUGUUGCUCAUAUGAACUGUGCUCUAAGAUCUUACAUGGCUGGUACAGUAGGAGGAAGCAUUGGGUUGGAUGCUGAGUAUUACUGCCGGCGUUGUGAUUCAAGAACACAACUGGUUUCACAUGUUGCAGGGCUCUUGGAGACCUGUAAAUCUCUUGAUUCACGGGAUGAAAUUGUAAAGAUUCUAAAUGUUGGUAUUUGCAUUUUGCGUGGCUCACAAAAUCCUAGUGCAAAACAGUUGCUCGAUUGUAUUGAGUUGGCCUCAGCUCAGCUUAAAAGUGGGGCUGACCCCAGAGAAAUUUGGAAGGAAGACGGAAUUUUGGCUGCUACACCAGAGGUUUGCCAUCAUAAAAAUGAUGCUCUGAAAGUUACAAGCCAGCAAAGCCCUUCAGAUUUUAGAACGAGCUCACAGCAAAUCUUGUCUGUUCCCGAUCAUAAAAAUGAAGGUCUUAAGCUUGAAGAUGAGAUAGAUCAGGUUCUUCAGGAGUUGAAAAGAUCACAGGAGUCUGAAUAUAUAAUUGCAGAAGAGAGGCUAAAUGCUCAAAAGAACUACCUUCUUAAUCUGUACGAACAGCUUGGAAAGGAGAAGUCUGAGCUUUUGAGGUGCACAUCUGGCAAACCAGAUGCCUUACUCGAUGCUGUUUUGAACAGACAGGACCAGAUAAAACAGGAGGUCACAAACCUCAGGGUGAUGAAAGAAGUGGCCAAGGGAUUCGGAAUGACUUCCAAGGGCAUUCUAAAGAGACACUUUGGUUUAGACAUUAAAGAUUGACACUAGCCUCUGUACUUUGCGGCAAUCUGUAUCAAAUGUUUGUAUCAAUUUGUUUCCUUUGUUCCCUAAUUUCAUCAACAGCAAACAUUUUCAGCCUGUGUUAGCUAAUAUAAGAUAUCUUGGGCAUGGAAAUCCAUUGAGGAAUUGUUUGAACUGGUUUUGUGGCGACUUUGAGCCGUGGGUGUUGCCUCCUUGCAGUUCCAGGUAUGUUUUAAGGUGCAAGUUCCCUAUUGAUACUAGUGAUUCUGCAGUAUCUAAUAACUGCAUUUGAAACAUUUACUUACUAGUAGUCUGCUCGGAAAGCUGGAAAACCUGACUGCUGAUAAUACUCGAGGAGCUUGCAAUUGGUACUACCCACUCUAUUCCAUAAUCCAGUUGAAACUUUUAUUCAAAUGUGGCCUGGUUCCAUGUGGACUCUUUGAAUUAUGAUCAUGGGAACCUUUUUUUUUCCUGCAGAAAAUCUGUACCGUGAAUAGUUUGUCAUGCCAUGGCCAAGGUCUAGAGCAUACCCUGCGAAUUCAUGUAAAGAUUUAAAAGCAAUUCAAGGUAAUGAAACUGUCUCUCAGAGCAUAGAGAUUGGAUUGUAUGCAUAAUGUCUUUCACAGGCCUCCCAAGUGCCAUGGCAUGGGAGCAUUGUGUAUUUGGGCUUUUAUGAUGAAAAUUUUGAGCAGCAAACUCUUAUCAGAUCAUUCAGAACAGUUCACCAGUGCAACAAACGAAAUAUUUUCAUUUUACUAAUUUUAAAUUUAUUAUGAGUUCUCCUCACA